GUGGGCCCCACAGUCUGUACGACGACUCCUUGACCCCGACGGCCGACGAGGUUGUAAAGUACUGACUGUGGGGCCCACUGCUGUCGUGGAGUUUUUUGUAGGAAAAAGAAAAGUUGAGAACAACCAUGGCGGCGGCCGCACGGGACCUGCGGCGGCGAAGGGGCCGCGCUCCUGGGGUUGCCUCCGCCGCUGCGGCGGACGACGACGGGGAGGAGCAGCACCUCAACCCCUUCCUCUUGGACGCAGCUCCCUCCUCCUCCAGAGUCCAGUUCAGGAAUGUUGCGUCGCGUGCGCGCUGGAUGGAGGAGGCUGGCGCAGCGGAGGUGGUCGAUAGCAAGGGGAAGCUCUGGCUGACCACCGGUAUCACCCGUGGCGUCAAGCUGUACUACAACGUCGAGGAGAUCGGGUUCUUGGCAGAAAGAGGGGCAUUGGUUCUUCUCGAUAACAAGGAUGAAACCAUAGGAAUGCAGGAUAUCUACAAAAAGAUUGCUGGAGGAAAUUAUGGGUGCUCCUGGGAUGCCUUCCAAGCUUACAAGCACUUGAAAUUGCUUGGCUACAUUAUUGGACGACAUGGUGUUCCCUGGACACUGAAGCAUAGCUGUACUUCUGAAAUUACUGACUCAUCCAAGAGUGUGACUGACACUGACUGGAGCUUUGAUAGAGCUAACGGUGCCUGCAAUGACAUCACCAAAUUGUUCAAAGAAAUGCAUAUAGAUGAUAUAUAUCCAUCCUUUGAAGUGCACCUACCAAACAGCAAAUUUAAAAAGUCAUCCCCAGGACUCCCUAGUUUCCUCCUAUGUCUGUUAAAAGACAAGCCACCCUCAAGGUCCGAACUAGAAACUGUGGAAAACAAGUUCGAAGGCAUUGCUCUCAAAUUUUGCCAUGUUGAUAAUGGACGCGUCAGCUUUCUCUCCUUCGACAAAGUUUUAGUUCCUAGUUUGCCCUGAUAGACAGCAGCAGGAAUGUUUGUUAGUUUUCACCUGCUCUGGUCCUGGCUGUAAGCUAUUAACUCAGCCUGCAUGCGGAUGUGUAUUUCUUCUUGGUUGUAGUGAACUAAUGGUUGCCAGCCAAAAUAUGCUGAACACUUAUCCUUAGUACAUAACUUGUUUGCUUCCCCUGUC